AUGGCGGCUGUAAAGCAGCUAAUUCUUUUCUCCGUUUUGGGCUCAGUUACGGCAUCCAGUGAUGUGUAUAAGCUGGUUAACAGUGAGGUUCAACUGGACACACAAAAUAAAACUGAUCAGUUUUAUCUAUUCAAGUGGAUGUUUAAGGGUGACAUUAUUCUGAGAUACCUCGGUGAGAGUAAAUUCAUUAAGAAACUUGAUGCUUAUGAAGACCGGGUGGAGUUUAAUACUGAAACACUGAGAUUAACACUGAAGAACUUACAGAAGAAUGAUAGUGGACUGUAUGAAGCAAAAGCUGAAAGUAACAAGGAGAAAGUUGUGGCUCGUUACACACUGUAUGUUUUGGAUCCAGUGAAGGAACCAGAACUUACUUAUCAGCAGAGCAGUAACUACUGUAAUGUGACCUGUUUAGGUCUCACACUCUCAAUCAACUCAAGCUUUGACAAGAAAACCUGUGACGAGAGUGAUACAUUAACUGAAGGUGUCUCCUAUACACUUUCUCUCUGUGUUAAUGGCAGUCAUAUCAUCUGUAAUCAUAGCAACCCAGCCAGCUCAAAAGUGACUUUGAAGGAGAUAAAUCAACUCUGCCCUCAUGAGCCUAAAUCCAUUUCAUCCGGCCCAUUCAAAUUUCGAAACAAUAAUUUCGAUGGCUUGAAGCCUUAUAUCUCCGCCGUCCAAUCACUGAUUGUAAAUCUGAAAACUGCCCCAGGUAGCUGA